GUAUCAUCCGUUGAUAUUAACGUCGAUAACAAACCAUUACACGUCUCCAUUCUGUACAAUCCAUCUCAUUUAGAAGCUGUAAACCCAGUUUCAAUGGGAAAAACUCGAGCAAAGCAACUAAUGGUAAAAGAUGGUGAUUAUUCGCAAGAAAAUAAUAGAUGGAGUGAUAAAAUUUUAAAUCUUCAGGUUCAUGGAGAUGCUGCGUUAUCCGGACAAGGAGUUAAUCAAGAAUGUUUAGAAAUGUCCUCAGUUCCUCAUUUUGAAAUAGGAGGUAGUGUUCAUUUAGUCGUAAAUAAUCAAGUUGGAUACACAACCCCUGGAGAUCGAGGAAGAUCAUCAAGGUACUGCACGGAUUUGGCUAAGAUAAUUUCAGCUCCUGUUUUACAUGUUUGUGGAGAUAAUCCAGAGAUGGUUUUGAAAGCAACAAGAAUAGCAUUUGAUUAUCAAAGAAAAUUUCGAAAAGAUGUUUUUAUAGACAUGCAUUGUUACAGACAGUGGGGGCAUAAUGAAUUAGAUGAUCCAACAUUUACAAAUCCUGCUAUUUACAAAAUUAUUCGUGCUCAAAAAACGGUACCUGAUCGUUAUGCUGAAAAAUUGGUACAAGAAAAUGUUUGGACAAAAGAUAAUUGGGAUAAAGUCGUUUCAGAACAUAGGGAUUUUUUGAAUGAAGAACUCAAAAAAGUUGAUCAAUUCGAACCUGAUGAACCGUGUUUUCAAAGACAAUGGCAAGGAUACGAUCAAGCACAAAAUUCUAUAACUAAAUGGAAUACGGGAGUGCAUCCAGAGAUUUUAAAAUAUGUUGGAGUUAAAUCAGUUACUUACCCAAAGGAUUUUAAUAUUCACCCAAAUCUUUUGAAACAUCACGUAACUAAUAGAUUAAGAACAAUUAACGAUGGGUUUAAUUUGGAUUGGUCAACUGCUGAAGCACUGGCAAUUGGAUCACUUUUAUAUCAAGGAUACAAUGUUCGAAUAAGUGGACAAGAUGUUGGACGUGGAACCUUCUCUCAAAGACAUGCUAUGUUGGUAGACCAAGCAACGAAUAAUACUUACAUUCCAUUAAAUGACAUGGAUUCCGAGCAAAGUGGCUUUUUUGAAAUUGCAAAUAGUAUCUUAUCAGAAGAAGCAGUUCUAGGCUAUGAAUAUGGAAUGAGCAUAGAAAAUCCCAACAAUUUAAUAAUUUGGGAAGCGCAAUUCGGCGAUUUCUUCAACGGUGCCCAAAUUAUGUUCGAUACAUUCGUUUCUUCGGGAGAAACUAAAUGGUUGUGGAGUUCUGGAUUAGUAGUGAUGCUUCCUCAUGGUUAUGAUGGAGCAGGUCCAGAACACAGUUCAUCAAGAGUUGAAAGAUUUUUACAAAUGACAGAUUCCAAAGAAAAUAAACCUGACGGUGAUAACAUUAAUAUGCAAGUUUGUCAACCGAGUACUCCAGCGCAAUAUUUCCAUUUACUAAGACGCCAAAUGAUUCGGAAUUUUAGAAAACCCCUUAUUAUUAUCUCGCCGAAAACAUUACUUCGAUCUCCAGUCGCAACUUCAAAUUUAGAUGAUAUGUCAAUUAAUACUUCAUUUCUUCCUGUUAUUGGGGAUACAAUGUGUAAUCCAGAUCAUGUAGAAAAAGUUCUGUUUACAUCUGGAAAACAUUAUUAUACAUUGUUAGAAAAAAGGCAAAGUUUAAUGGCGAUGGACACAGCGAUUAUUAGAAUUGAAUCUUUUUGUCCUUUCCCCAUAGUGGAAAUACAACAAGAAAUUUCAAAAUAUAAAAACGUUAAAGGAUUCAUUUGGUGUCAGGAGGAACCUCAAAACAUGGGAGCUUGGAGUUUUAUUCAACCACGUUUCCAAAACUUAUUAGGAUAUCCAAUAACGUAUAGCGGAAGAAAAACUAUGGCAUGUCCUGCUGUUGGUGUAGGUUUAUGGCAUCAACAACAAGCGAUUGAUAUUACAGUAAAGCCUUUUUUGAUGAAAUAUUAACUAAAACUACAAUAAAAAAAUAAUAUUAAUAAAAAAUAUAAAACAAA